AUGAAGUGCCUAUUGUUGCUCAUCCUAAUAUUAGGUUCUCUUUUUUCUUCAACCAUGGCUUUCUCAACUUGCUUUUUCCAUUUCAAGGUUUCUUAUGCCUUCUUCUCUUCUUUUCUCUAUUUUUUCCUCCUAAUGACAUUGGCAACCUCUUCUCCAUUCCUAUCAGAUGACAUAUUUGAGUAUGAUACUUUCACUAGCCGCGCCCUACUACAAACUAUUAAAGCUUGUGAAGUUGAUUUUGAAAACGAGAACUACACAAUCAUAAUAAGCCAAUGUAAAGGUCCACGAUAUCCUCCAAAAGCUUGCUGUGAGGCAUUCAAACAAUUUGCCUGUCCAUUUGCUGAUGAGAUCAAUGAUUUGACAACUAAUUGUGCUACAACUAUGUUCACUUACAUAAUUGCUUGUGGAAAAUAUCCACCUGGAUUAUUUGCUCAUGAGUGCAGAGAAGGGAAAAAAGGUUUUUUUGGGUUUUACUUUCUAAGCAUAUGA